GCUGCCACGAGAGGUUAAAAAAACAGCGCUAGCCAUCCAGGGGUACCCUGGCGUUCUGCGUGGUCGGGCUCUCCGCUCUGGAGAGCUUGUCGCUGGGGGUGUCUCCAUGGGGCCCUGGGCCUUUCUCGACGGAGCCUGCGUUCUUGACCCACGUCAACGGCACCGUAACGGGUACUUACUAACGGGUACUUUGAAUGUUUGCCGAAAGUUGCCACUUUGGGGCCUUUCUCUUGCAUUGCAGCUUUGCCCACAUUGGGAAGGGUUGGGUUCGCUGGGUCACUGGCCAAAGUACCCGUUAGUGGAGUCCCCGUUUGAGGGGCGCUGACCACGUUUCGUUGCCACCUUUCGAUUGUAAACGAGACCUAUAUUCGAACACCAGACACAGCAUGCCUGUCUGUCCAGCGGGGUCGACCUGGGACGUGGGGGUGCUCAACAUCCAGCCUUCCGCGGCUGAGAGCCUCGGGACGCUGUUCGCACGCCACUGCAGAACCCUGACCACGCUGAGCUUGAGCAGAAACAGGUUCCUCACGACCCCAGACGGCCUGGAGGGGAUCGAGAAGGGGCUCCGAGGGAAGGGACUUCCGGCGCUGCAGGAGCUCUUGGUCUACCGGACUUUCAACAUGAAGUCCUUGGCAUGCCAGGAGAAUUUGCGGCGGAAGCUUGGUGUUUCCCCCGAGUGCUCGGUGCGGGCCUAGCGGCGGCCGAAGCGUCGGUGCUCUGUGGCCGUGCUUGCGGCGAAGGCGCGACGUGUGGAGGACGCUUUUUCUUACCUCCUGCUCGAUGUGGACGCUAACACGUGUCCUGCCUUUGAUGCCUCCUGUGCGGGAGGCCGCGAGCUAGGCGCGAGUUCGAAUGCUCUGUUUCGCCUCCUCCACCUCUUGUGCCUCUCGCGGCCAGCUCCGCCUCUCCAGGCCGCUUCGGACUGAUGACCGCAGUCUGAGUUGGCGGGCCAGCGGAUUGGCCAUCCCAGCUGGAAUUUUCUAUCGGUGGAUCAGCGGGACAGUUGCAGCGGCGGGAGAAAGCGGCGAGGGCUGACUAGGAGGCGG